GCUUUCUGACGAAGAUCUCUCGAACUUCGAACGAAAGUUUUUGCCGACCUUCUUCUGCAAUCAAUUUGACAGCAAUCUCCAUAGACAUUUGGCGGCCAUCUAUUUGUUAUCUGUUUCGUAGUCAGUCUUUGUUUUGUCUUUCUUGUGUCUCUGUGUGUGUUAGUACUUUUGUUCUUUUCAGGUCUUUGAAGGAGGGAGGAAGACAUGUUCGAGCCAGCGUUCUUCUACAAAGGCAACAUCCUGAGGUUGGGGGAUUCAGAUAGAGCCAGAGCCUUCACCAGACCAGAGGGAUUCAAGGUACGCCCAGCUGUAGAAGUUGAGAAGGAGGCCAAGAGGGAGGUCCAACGCCUUGGUGGAGACCCAAGUCAUCGUGUGUCUGUGCUGGCCUUCUCCAGAGUGCAGUUUGGCAAGUACCCAGGACAGACCUUCAAGUGGCUGGUGGAGAAUGCCCUGGGAUGGUGUGCCGAGUUGAUGUGGAACAUGGAGCGGACUGGGGAGAAGUUGGACCCAAAGAGAGACCAGUCCGUCAACAAGUUUGCCCUUAAGGAGUACAUCACAGCAUUUCCUGAAGGGUGUGCCGCUGUUGAGAUGAAGAGGAAGAAGGGGAAGCGUCAGACAGCAGGAUGCAGCCAGAGUGAGAGUGGACGACCUCCAAAGACUGGAUCCAUGAAAGAUCAAGGUGAGGGACAAGUUUUCGAUGAUGACCUCACUGAUGCUCAGUUGAUUGAAGCAUUUCUACAACGUUCCUCCUUAGAUUCUGCAGAAGCCACUACAUCAAGAAAAGUGACUUCAACAUGCAAGAGAGCAGUAGCAGAUGACGGAGAUAAGACAGAGUACCUCCUGACCGAAGGGUGGAAGCAGACACUACCACGUCAGGAUCAUCAGUGGGUUUCACGUGCUUUGUUCAAGGUUUCAGCCCGUGGGAAGCCUGAGUUUGACAUGCAGAAGAUCAACACACUUUGGUUCUUCCCACCUUUACCACAGUUCGCUCAAGGCCAAGCUCCAAAGCCAGCACGUUACUUUGCGACCAAACUGCUGAUGUGGAUGCCUCGCAAGCUUUGGGGAUUUAAGAUUCUUUGUCCCAACAAAGAAUGCAACGGUCAGGAGCUGUUAUCAGCCGGUGUCUACUCCCAUGUGCGACAGGUCAUGGACAUUGAUGGAUUCUACAACAUGGGUGCUGAGUACCUGGAAUGCAGAAAGUGUCACAAGAAGUUCAUCAGUUGGAGCAAGCCCAUCUUAGACCAACUGGACACCAGUCACCGGCUGUCAUUCCCGGUCUUGCUCACAUACAGAGGUGCUUGUGACAGGAAAAUCAUCGGGAUGAUGCGGGACAGGACACUUGGCAACGGACCAUUCCAGAUGAUCCGCAAGCUCAAAGAGGUCCACACCGAUGCUUGGCUUGCAAAGACUGCCCAGUAUUGUUCUGUGGUUGAGGAGUUCGUCAAUGCCAGUGAAAGGGGCCUCAUCAAUCGACCAAACUGCCCACCACCGCCCGCAAUGUCUUUUCUUCCCACGUAUCGUUGGCUCCUGACGGUGUACUGCAACGACGUGCUGGAGCGCAUCGAUGAAGUGAAGGCUAGCAUCACAUCUACAUUCGGCCGUAUCCUCAAGAUGGACUCGACCAAGAAGAUCACAAGGAAACUGAGAGGCGAGUCAGCAGGGACUGCUGCUUGGGCAACCAACGUCGGCAACGAGUACGGACAAGUACUGAUGUCCGUGAUGACUGUUGGCGAGGGAGCCGGUCUCUACGAGAUGAUCAAGGGCAUCCAGAGACGGUAUGCAGCAGCCGGCCAACCUAGACCAGAGCUUCUGUACGUGGACAGAGGCUGCUGUGGUGCGGAAUCCAGGAUCUUCAGGGGGUGGCCAGACAUGCCUGUCCGACUUGACGUCUGGCACUUCAUGAGGAGGCUUGCUAGAGGAUGCACCAGCACUGAGCACCAACUCUACCCGUUCUUUCUGAGACGGUUGUCAGCCUGCAUCUUUGCAUGGAGCGCAGACGACCUGAAUCAACUCAUCGCCGCAAAGAGAGGGGAACUCAGGGACCAAUGCAUCGCUGAAACUUCUGAUGAGGUCAUCCUGAAGCACCUUGGAAAGAGCUCGAUCGCACGACACUGCAGACGAGUGACCAGAGGAACGGAGGAGACUACCCAACUCAUCGGAGAUCUCUUGGCUUCCUUGGAUGGCGAGGGAGGACAUGACACACUCGGUGUUCCCCUCUUUGACUCCGACAGAGUGUGGGAGAUUUGGGACUCACAGCAGAAACACAUCGCAUGCCUACAAGAUCCACCAGAUGUCCAGCUCUACACCAAGAUAGGAGAGUCAGUGAAAGGUGGCAUCACAUUGCCUGUGUUCAGAUGUGCUAGAGGGUCAACAUCGCUGGAGUCCUUCCAUCUUCACAUGAACCGGUUCAUCCCUGGGACAUCAGCCAACAAUGUCCACUUCCAGGCCUACCUUCUUGAGGGGGUACAUCGAUGGAACUGCGAUCGUGCAAGGGAUGCUGAAGCUGCCACUGCGCCUUCUCACGCAUCAUAUGGCACCUACAAUGAGUACGAUGUCAACCGGUUGACCGAGAAGCUGUUCGGACUUAAGAUCAACCCUACUCUGACUGCACCCCAGAAACACACAGGGGAGCUUAUCGGCCUGGAAUAUCUCUUCAACCAGACCAACGAGGAGCUACUUCCCAUGCAUCCUGAUGAAGGGGAGGUAGAAGAUGAUGAUGGCGAGGACGUAGGACGUCGGGAAGAAGAGGACGUAAAGGACCCGACUGAGCCACCCCCGGAGUUUGGAGUAAGCCCUGCUUCAUCCCGACGUGCCUCGAGAGUGUCAAGCCAGCAAUCAGUACCACAGCACGUUAGCACAACACCACAGAAACACAGAUCACAGAGAUCAUCACUGCCGGUUCCAUCCACCAGAUGCAGACCCCACACAUCCAAGGCACCGGCAACAGUAUCACGUGCUCCAGAUUCACCACCACCAACUUCAAUUCACAGAACAUCCACAGCACCAGCAACUGUCUCCCGGGCACCCGAUUCUCCAAGGGAUGACACACCGGAUGGUGGAACACUUGCUGGAGAUGAAGAAGUGAAGGAUGUUGAAGAUGUGGAUCUUAGAGAAGAGUCCGACGAGGAGCACACAGGUCGCAGACCAGGUUACGACCGUGUGCAAGCACUGGGGAACUACCUCCUCAAACUCAGAGGUGACGAACAUCUGAUGAGCUCCAGGGACUCCAAACAGAUCGUGAAACUUUGGAGCGAAUUGGAUCCAUACGACCAACAAGUGAGACGCCCGGCCCGUCACCAAGAGAAGCUCACCAAAGGACGCUUCAAAGCCAGAGGAACAUCUCCAGUUGUCCCAGGCAUAGAGAGUACUCAAAGAUGCUUUCUUGGAAGUAACUCGGGACCCGCCUCCGUACCCAACGCCAACAGGGUUAUGGAGUAUGUCAUUGGUCAGCUCUGCAGCUACUACCCAGAGCACCAGAGGCACAAAGGGAGAGUCAUUCCCAGGUGGACCACUAUCAUCCAUGACUACAAGAACAUUCGAAGCAGGGUCCUGGCCUCCACCCACAUAACAUCCAACACCCGCCUACAAUUGUUAGAUAUCAAUCGAUAUGUCCUCAUUCAAUGGCAUAACCGAAGAUCUAAAGAAGAGGAGAGGAGUGCAUUGGAGAUGGGAGCUUCGGCACCUAGACCUAGCAUGACUGCCCACCAAUCUGUCCCACCACCAAAGGAGAAACCACAUGCCUUGCCACCACCUCCCAUCCAAAGGCCCUACCAGUUCCCGAUGGUUUCCAACACAGUUGGUCAGGCAAAGAUGAGGGCACCAAUUGCACAACCAACAUUUGUUCUGGUUCCUGUUCCUGUAAUGGCCGUACCAUCAACCCCUGUGUCCACCCCUGCCCCAACUACAGUCUCUGUCCCUGGAUUCCGGUCCAUCCAGCCUACACCUCCUACCUGGCGGCCCAGUGUACCACAGCCGAGUCAACCACCACCUUCAUCACUCCCGAAGUCCACCCAUUACAACAGGAAGCGCAGAGCACAGCAACGACUCGAAGGACAGGUUUCUACCAAGGUUUACAAGGCCCGGAAAGGUCCGAUUGUAUGCAGCCAAUGUCAUCAACCAAGGGAUCGAGAGACUCACACUCAAUAUUAUGGCAGCUGGUAUUGCGAGACAUCCCAGAACCAACCCUUGGCUGAAUGGAAGGCGAUGAUGUCAGAACGGCGACUAGCAAAGCUGAAAGCUGACAAGGAGGAAGCCAAGAAGGACUAGUGCAGUGAAUAAUAUGUUUAUCAAGACGGCAUAAGUCGGGUCGCCGGCGACUAAACUGGCGCCACCUACUGGAAGCUAUGCCAGUAGGAAGGGGGAUUAAGACCUCCUGCAGGAUGAAAAACAAGACCUGUUAAAGUGGAUCAUUGCACCAGUCAGGCACAAGCAACAUCGAAUCUAUGGAUUUAGGACACACUAAUGAGAAACCAGAGGAAUGAGAAAAAUGGAAUGAAGAUUACCUUCAAGGAGAGAGGAAACAGUCUAGGUAGAAAGAGGAGAUUGUGGGCAGCUUCAUAUAUACGUCAAAUCAGAUGAAAAAGGGCCAAACAUUCAUUGAGAAAUAAGGACAGGUUUUAAAACAACAGUGAAAGACCAUCUGGAAGAUAUAGAACAUAUUACAAAAAUUGUUAGAUGACAACAGCGGCAGCAGAAUAGUGAGGAAUCAUUGACCAGCAAUUUUCAAAUUCAAUACAACUACGAAAGCAGAUGGGAUAUUUCAGCAGUUUUCGAGAAAAGCUACAAUCUGAUAGAAACUCAUUUUCACCGCCACAAAGUACCCCGAGGAGCUCUGGUUCUUGUAAUCAUUGAGCAUCUCGAGUGGUGACUCAAGUUAUAUCGGCAUUCACGACGUCUCAGUGCUAUAGUACGAUAUCCAUGAUGGAUAAGCAUUGAGGACUUAGUGGAAUGUAUGUGCAACAGAAUUUAGUAACAAUGAAACAUGUAAAGAAAAAUAAAUGUUGGAUGUUAUACAACAAAGUACUGUACCUUAGACAAGCAACUCCUAAGGUGACUAUUUUUUCCGAUCGUUCACGGGUAUCCUUGUGGAGCUCCAUAUUUAAUAUGUUGAGCAUCAUUUGCGAUGACUUUGUGGAGCGGUCUCUUAAAACUAGUGUGAUAAUGUCAACUAGUUUGGUUUUUAA